AAUCAACAGCUGAAAUAUAAAACCCUUAAAUAAAUAUUUUCCCUCUAUUCUUCAACAAAAUCAAAAACCAAAACCACCCCAUCUCUCCCUUCGCUUCUCUAGAUCACCACCACCUUGUUUUUUUUCACCAUAACCGCCACUCUUUACUUUUUCACACACUCAUUUUCAAUUUUUUUCAAUUACAUUUGCUCAAUUGCAAAUACCCAAUAUUUAGUUUAUUUAUUUUCCGGGAUUUUAAUGGUGACUGGUGGCGGGUCCCAGCAGGAAGAUGGUGCUAGGAGCACGGCGGCGGCCGUGUCUAGAGGAGGCGGAGGCACCACCAGGUCAUGGGGGAAUAAUAAUAACAAUAACAAUACAACAACAACUGCGUCCGGUGGCGGUCAAUCGAUGUCAACGAGUGGCAGCGUUGGGUCACCUUCUAGCAGGAGUGAACAAGCCAUGGCUACACCUGCUGCUAGUGACACCACUUUUCUUAGGUUAAACCAUCUCGAUAUUCACGCUGAUGACGCCGCCACUGCUCAGGAUGCUGUUGGUGGCAAGAAGAAAAAGAGAGGUCAACGGGCAACUGGAGCUGAUAAGAGUAAUAGAGGACUCCGCCAAUUUAGUAUGAAAGUGUGUGAAAAAGUGGAAAGUAAAGGAACGACGACUUACAAUGAGGUGGCAGAUGAACUAGUUGCAGAGUUUGCUGACCCUGGCAAUGGCAAUGGCGUUUCAUCUCCGGAUCAGCAGCACCAGUUUGAUGAGAAAAACAUACGGCGGAGGGUUUAUGAUGCCCUGAAUGUACUUAUGGCAUUAGAUAUCAUAUCUAAAGAUAAGAAGGAAAUACAGUGGAAAGGUCUUCCACGAACGAGCUUGAGUGAUAUUGAAGAAUUAAAGGGUGAGCGUCUUGGAUUGAGAAAUAGAAUUGAGAAAAAAGCUGCCUAUUUGCAUGAAUUGGAAGAACAAUACGUAGGUCUUCAGAACCUGAUACAAAGAAAUGAGCUAUUAUACAACUCAGGGAAUGCUCCCAGUGGGGGUGUGUCCUUACCUUUUAUUCUGGUGCAGACACGUCCGCAUGCAACUGUUGAAGUGGAAAUAUCAGAAGAUAUGCAGAUGGUUCAUUUCGAUUUUAAUAGCACCCCUUUCGAGCUGCACGAUGAUAAUUAUGUUCUCAAGGCAAUGAAAUUUUGUGAGGGACCACCGGAUAGUAACAAUGCAGCACCCAAUCUAAUUACUGAUGGAGGUGAAAGCUCUAGCAUGCCCCUUGUAUACCAACAACAAAUUCUUUCUCCAGGAACCAACACACCUAGUAGACCGCCCACCUCACCACCUAUUCCGGGUAUAAUAAAAGCGCGUGUGAAGCACGAACACUGAUAAAAACGUCAAAGCUUGAUCAUCUUACCUUGGGCAACGAUCUCAGCUGUGUCUGUAAAUUAUGUAAAGUAGAUUGCAGGAGGUAGGAAUGUCCCUAUACUUGGUCACCUGUUGAUUUUACCGUCACCUGAAGGAAUUGAGGUAACAAGAAGAUCAGUCCCUUUUUGCUUAGCGACUUAUUUUGAAUAUUUUAAUUCUGCCGGGUUCUCAGGUUUAGAUCCGCAAUUAGCUUUUGUAAUUGUUUAAUUUUUUUUUCAUUUUGCCUUAUUGUAGCUAGAAAAUGUAGUAUGUUAAUUAGUUCAUAUUAGGCUACAGGGGGACUGUCCAGCUGCACACAGAAUCAUAGAAUUAAGUGGAUAUUUGAUGUUCCUUGAAUUGCAAGUUACAUUUAUACCA